AUGAUUUUAGAUGAUUAUCAAACACUCGAUUACUUGGGUUUAGUUAGCCCAAUGAUGAUAAACAAACAACCAGUAUACCAUAAAAAUCUUGGUUUAGUAACAUAUAGUCCACGCGUUCUAAACAUGCCUAUACUUUUGUCAAAUACAUCCAAUGGACGAAGUAAAUUCAGUUAUCAUCAGCAGCAUCAUUACGAUCCAGGAAGAGGUGGAACGAGACAAUCACUUUCAUCAAUUCACUACAGUCCCAAUCCAGAAAAUACAUCAUAUCAGAUAGCUCAUUUCCACUCACUAUCACAGCCACAAUCAAUGAAUAGUAGAUACACAACACUACCAACAUUUUCAAAUUGUAGUCAAACAGUAAACGAAAUUAAUUCGGCGUUUGUUUCAGACUAUAAUCAGUAUCCUAACAUUGUAACUACUCAAAAUAAUAAUAGCAGUAAUGAUAAAAUUGGUAAUAUCUUAUUACCUUAUCAGUUAAUGGCUACAAGUAUUAUCAAUUUAAACAGCUGGAGUUAUAAUAACAGAGUUGCUAAGCAUCCAACACAAUCAAAUACAUAUUAUGAUAUUAGACAACCUGAUUUCGAAAGUAAUAAAACUACUAUGAGUAAAUCAAAAUCUCAGCAACUAUCUACCAAUAAUAAUUUUACUACUAUUGAAACCUACCUGCCAAAUAAUGAUAUUAACGAAGAUGAUUGUUUAAUAGAAUCUUCAACUACCUGGAAUGAUACAAAAACCAUAUCUCAGACAACUGAAAGUAUUAACGAAUCUAAUAAUAACAACAAUCUCGGUAGUGAUAUUGGAGUGACACAUCUUUCAAAGUCAUGGAAUGAAACGAAAAAAUGGACAACUGAUAACAUCACUAAUUUACCGAAAAACUUAGUAAAAGUAUCAGAUCAAAACUUUCAAAGUCAUAAUAACAUUAAUAACUUUAUUACUAUCGCCCCUACUAUUUCUACUGCUACCUUAAACAGUAAUACUACCACAACAAACAUUACUGAUAAGACAACAGUUACUGUACCACAUACUAAUAACAGUGUCAAUAGUAGUAAUAUUGUCAGUGUAAUUCACAGUUCACAGAUAGGAAAACAGAAAAAGGUGAAUGACUCUGGAAAGUAUAUGUCAGCUGCUUUACGAGAAUCUAGUUUUGUAUAA